GCGUCAACUCACCAUCAGUGACAAGUGCGUCAGUCAUUUCUGCAAAUAUUAUUAUUAUUAUUAUUAUUUAUAAAUAAAAAGACAAAUUUGUUAAUGUCAUCUUUUGUUUUAAAACAAAUAAAAGAAAUAAUAAAAUAAAAAAUUACCCUGACAACGAAAACAAGAGAAUAAUUGCCAAAUGAGACAUUGCUAGAUUACAAAAUCAUUGUCUUUUGAUAUUUUGUCUGUCACAAUAUUUUUUGUCUUCUUGAAUAAAAAAAAAUUUAAAAAAAAAAAAAUCAAUAAAAUAAUAUAUUAUAUUUGAUAAUAAUAAAUAAUAAUAAUGCGUGAAAUUGUUCAUCUUCAAGCUGGUCAAUGCGGCAAUCAGAUUGGAGCAAAGUUUUGGGAAGUUAUAUCGGAUGAACAUGGAAUUGAUCCAACUGGUUCAUAUCAUGGUGAUUCUGAUCUUCAACUUGAACGUAUAAAUGUUUAUUAUAAUGAAGCAACUGGUGGUAAAUAUGUACCAAGAGCAAUUCUCGUUGAUCUUGAGCCAGGAACAAUGGAUGCAGUAAGAUCUGGACCAUUUGGACAAAUAUUUCGUCCAGAUAAUUUUGUAUUUGGACAAUCUGGUGCUGGAAAUAAUUGGGCAAAGGGUCAUUAUACUGAAGGAGCUGAACUUGUUGAUUCUGUAUUGGAUGUUGUAAGAAAAGAAGCUGAAUCUUGUGAUUGUCUUCAGGGUUUUCAAUUGACUCAUUCACUUGGUGGUGGUACUGGUGCUGGAAUGGGAACUCUUCUUAUAUCAAAAAUACGUGAAGAAUAUCCAGACAGAAUUAUGAUGACUUUUAGUGUUGUACCAUCUCCAAAAGUUUCAGAUACAGUUGUUGAACCAUACAAUUGUACUUUGUCAGUUCAUCAACUUGUUGAAAAUACUGAUGAAUCAUUUUGCAUUGAUAAUGAGGCACUUUAUGAUAUAUGUUUUCGCACACUUAAAUUAACAACACCAACAUAUGGUGAUUUAAAUCAUCUUGUAAGUGCAACAUUGAGUGGUGUUACAACUUGUCUACGUUUUCCUGGUCAAUUAAAUGCUGAUUUAAGAAAGCUAGCAGUUAACAUGGUACCAUUUCCACGUUUACAUUUUUUUAUACCUGGUUUUGCACCAUUAACAUCACGUGGAUCACAACAAUAUCGUGCCCUAACUGUACCAGAAUUAACACAACAAAUGUUUGAUGCUAAAAAUAUGAUGGCUGCAUGUGAUCCACGUCAUGGUAAAUAUUUAACUGUUGCUGCAAUAUUUCGUGGUAGAAUGUCAAUGAAAGAAGUUGAUGAACAAAUGCUUAAUAUACAAAAUAAAAAUUCAUCAUAUUUUGUUGAAUGGGUUCCAAAUAAUGUAAAAACAGCAGUUUGUGAUAUUCCACCACGUGGAUUAAAAAUGUCUGCAACAUUUAUUGGAAAUUCAACAGCAAUUAUGGAACUUUUUAAGCGUGUUUCUGAACAAUUUACAGCCAUGUUUAGACGUAAAGCAUUUUUGCACUGGUACACUGGUGAAGGAAUGGACGAAAUGGAAUUUACUGAAGCUGAAAGUAACAUGAAUGAUCUUGUCUCUGAGUAUCAACAGUACCAAGAAGCAACUGCCGAAGAAGAAGGUGAAUUUGACGAAGAAGAAGAAGGCGAAAAUGAUGCUUAAAACAACAUCACCACCACCAUCAACAAGAAAAAAUUAAAUACCAAAAGAAGCAUCAUUUUUAAAUUAAUUACAUAAAUAAUAUUUUUUGUUUUUAUUAUUAUCACUGUGACAUAAUAUUAUAUUUUCACAAAUUCAUGUCAAACUCAGUACUUUUUCUUUUUUUUUUCCUUUGACUUAAUCUAAUUUAUUGAAUUAAUUAGUUUAACAUAUUAAAAGUUUAUUUAUUAUAAAAUUAAUUUAAAAACAAUGAGAUAAAGAAUUUAAAUAAUUUCAUAUGAGUCACCAGCAUCACGACCACAAUAUCAGCCACACGCAUCAACAAACAUAUUUAUAUAAUUGCAUAACUUUUAUUUUUUAUUAUUAAAUUUAUUUAAAAUAAUAUUAAUUAUCGCCCUCUAAUCAACAUUGUAUACGUUUGAUACUCAUGAUGAUGAUGAUGAUGAUGAUUGAAAUGAUACAACUGAUUGAUAGCCAUUAUAAUUUACAUAAUUACAUUGAGUUUAAAUAAAAAAUUUAAAAAUCUUUGUAUCAAC